AUGGCUGUUAUUACUCGGAGUUAGAACAUUGAGUUCUGCCAAGGGACUGGGAGUGCUAAUCAAGACCGCACUGGGACUGGAACUGCGUAUGAGUUGACGGCCAUGUUGAUUUAUGUCAGUUCUCGAGUGCAUGUGCGUGUAAACUGGUGGAUUGAAGUAUGUCUUUGUCGAAGUCUCGUAAAAGAUCAUAUCGAUACCGUGUGAAAUGUGAAGAAUGCGAGAAAGAAUUCGACUCCGACUAUGUAGAAGCUCAUUCCCGAAUUGUUCACAGCGGCCAAAAAGUAAAAUGUCUGCCAGUGGUAGAAUCGUCACAGCUGAAAUUAAGUGGUUUCUUCUCUAAAAGCAGUGCAGCAGUCGAAUCUCCAGGUCAGACACAGGAGGCACCGCUUGUUAGAUGUAGUCCAGAGGGUGAACAACGUACUUUUUCAUCAACAUACGAAUCUGUUGCAAAUAUCCAGCCAGAUCCUGAAUCAAUCGACCAAGAUUCACUUAAGCCUGAUGCAUCAAUGAGAGACGUCCAGGAACCUAGUGAGCCCAGUACCCCGAUAGAUAAAGGCAUUCAAUCAGAUCUUGGAGGGAUUGCUGAAUUAGAGCCAGAGUCCUCCACAUCACCUACGUUGACGACAAUGGUACCGAAACAACCUGUUUUACUCGAGUAUCCGGGCACCAAGUUCAGCAGUGAGUCUUUCACUAGACGAUUCCAGCCUGACUAG